GGCAAUGUCAAAGGCUUUGCCUCUCAACAGUCACUUCUGUGAGUAGACUACAGUUCUGGUCACCUGGCAGGCUCUUCAGCUUAGGCUCAUUGACGUGUAGGACCUGGAGGAUAACCUUGAUUUGCUCUCAAGGCACGGAACCAUUAGCAGCAAAAACAGGUUAAGAUGCGCCAAAUAAUAUUCUACAAGGACUUGUGGAAGGAAGAAUUCUGGGAGAACCCCUGGGAAGUAGGGGGCCUUGUAGUCAUCGGCUUGUUUGUUGGCACAUUCCUGUUCUUCAUCUUGUUUGCUGUUCUGUUUGGUUUUUUCUCUCCGUCGGAGAGGAAAGCAUAUGAAGAGGAGUGA